AACCAAACCAGUCCCCGGCCCGCGGUUCAUCUUCAUGUGCUGGAAAAAAAAAUCUAUGGAAUGAGAUUAAAUGAAGUUAAUAAUUAAUGAUUUAACGGUUGUUUAAUUAGACUGUGCACAUUAUUGUGAGUGCUUCAGUGAAAUUAGAAAAACUUCACGAGACAUUACAGUUCUGGAAGAUAAGCAUUGAAAUCGAUUGAUUGCUGAAAUUGUCAGAAAAUUUUCCUGAUCGGGUCUUAUUGUUCGAGUUGGUAUGGAUGAGGAGAGGUAUCUCUACGGAGAUGAUCGAAGGGGGGAGGAAAGGGAUCCAAGGAAGCGAAAACGUCAGUCGUCAGGGACGAAUGAGAAAGAAAAUCGGAAGUAUGAUGAUCCGAAAGAAAGCAUUCGACGGCGUCGUGACCCUUCUGGCUCCCCGGAGUAUGACAGGCGACGACGGAGAAGUGGUCACCAGCAGGAGGAUUGGAAGAAGAAAAGUGAAGAGUUUUUGAACUCUCUUAAUUCUCCUCAGGAGAUUCGAGGGAACAAGAUUGAAACCUUUGUCGGGAACACAGGACCCCAGGCUCAACAACCGCCUUUCGGAUAUCCAUAUGCCAGCCAGCCGAGCUACACCCCGUACUCUGGUUCCAACCCAGGGUAUGGAGCCCCGCCUCCUGGAUACCAGUCAUACCGGAACAUUCAAGAUUCUCCGUCUAAUCCUAGAGCUACAGUUAAAGAUCCUCGAUACGGGCGGGAAGAAAGAACCCGUGAGGGUCGGGAUCGGUCGGAUUCAAAGUCCCGGAUGGUUGAGUCGGAGCGAAAGGACGACAAAGAGUGGAGAAGGAUGGAGGAGAGAAGAGGCGAGGUUGCGAGGGAAGAUAAAGAGCGGAAAACCGCAGAUGGCGGUGAGAAGCAGUCUCAUGAGAAACUGCUGACCCCGGAGCAGCGGGAGAAGCUUAUAAAGCAGCGGGAGCAUUACGAGAAGAAUUGUGAGAGUUUAGAAGAUCAGUUGCUAAAGCUUAAGGAGCAGAGAGAAAGCUUGAAGAAUCAGGGUAACAAGCAUGAAGAUAAUAUCAUGAAAGAGAAUGCCAAACUGCAGAAAGAAGUGAAGCACAGGAUUCUCUACAUGAAGGAGUGGAUUGAGAAAAUUGAAACAGGAUUGGAAGAAGACAUGAAGGCUGCCAAAGAAAAAGAACGAGAGAGAGUUUGGAGGGAGGAAGCCAGGAUAAGGGAAGAAUUAAGACGGAAGGAGGUAGAGAAAGGCUGGGAUAGUUCUCCUGAACGCAAGCAGAAGUUCGAAUUAAAGUUAAAAAAAGAAAGAGCAUCAAGUAGUGACAGUUCCGUGGAUUCGGAUCGGGACACAAAGAAGAAAAAGAAAAAACAAAGAAAGAGCUCUGCAAGUGAAAGUUCGGAUUUAGACGCGGCAAGUAGGAAGAAACCGGAGCGGAAGAAAGAGGAGGACAUGGUUAAUUUAGUAGCCGAUAUCAAAACUAAAAAGAGGAAGGGGAGCAGGGAGGAAGAGACAUUGAUGGAGCUUGUUGCCAAACUCAGUGAAGGAUAUAACAAAACAAAACAGGAGAAUGCUGAAUUAACUUCCAGGUGUACUAUUCUCGAGAACCAAAACAGAGUUCUCAAACGACAGGUUGAAGAAUUACAGAAGUUGAAUGCCCUCCGUGAAGCCCCUGAGUCUAGAACUAUUAGAAACCUUGAAUAUGCUUCCCAAUCCGUAGAUGUCAGGAAAAUCAAACAAGAGAUUGGUUCUAAACUACUGUUAUCUGAAUAUGGAGGAAAGGAGAUGAAAUCUGAAUACACGAGCCGUGGCAGAGCAGGUGGCGAUUAUGACACAAAGGAAGUCGCAUCAGAUUAUCAAAGGGAACGAUUACCCGAUUUCGCGGAUAUUAAGUCCGAGUAUGGCGGGAAAGGAGAAUAUGGUGGGCGGAAUCUAGUUGACUAUCCGGUAGAAUCUAGGAAGCAAGAUAAGUUCUUUAAAGAAUCCAGGGAGCGAAGCAGAAGUUUUGACAGUAGGAGCAAGUAUAAGGACGACAAGGAAAAUGGACAGAAAUACAAAGAAGAAAAGGGAAGCAGAAGUUUGUAUAAAGAAGAAAGUAAAAGUAAAGGAAGGGAUGAUCGUGAUGAAUCCAGAAGUAUGGAGGAAAACAAUGUCAGGAAAGCCAAGGAGGAAUCGCCAGAUCGAAAAUUCUAUGAAGAAAUCAAAAUCAAAACAAUUCAACGUGAAAGUAGCGAGCGAAAGACCCGUCACGAAAAGAAAUUGCAUCAUGCUGGUCGUCGUCGUGAGACCAGCUCUAGCAGUGAGGAAGAGGAGAGAGUUGUGCGUCGUACAAUCAAAUCCAAGGAGAAGAGAGGGAGAGAUCGUAGUGAGAGCUAUGAGGUGCAGAAGAAAAGUCCAAGCAGAGAUCUUGAGAGGCAUGAUCGACAUAUUGAUAAACGGGAUCGGAGCAGAAGUCGUGAUGAAAGAAAAUAUAUAAAAGACGAGCGCAAUUCACGUAGAAGCAGUAGUAGAGAGAAGGGUAGCAAGAAAAGGAGGGAUAUAGAGGAGAGACAAGAACGAGACGAAGAUAGUGACUAUGCUAGGGAGAGCUACGAGCAGCAACAGCAGUAUAAACGAUACUAUGGAGAAGACGACAGUAAUGAUGAGGAAGAGAGAAAACGUAGCGGGAGGGACAGAGAGAGAAAAAGAAGGGAUAGAGAUCGAAGCACGAGUAGAAGUGAUAAUGAUGAUAGGCGUCAAUCUAGAUCCAAAGAUAAGAAGCAUAAACGCCGAUCAAGAUCAACAUCUGAUAGAUCUACAUCACAUGAUCGCAGAAGCCGUCAUCGAUCGUCGAACGAUCGAUCAUCAAAAGAUCAUAGUCGCCGGUCAAAGAAAGCGAAAAAUGGUGCAAUUGAUCUUGAGGAAUGGAGUAAACCUCCAUCAAAGGAUGAGAAGGAUCCUGGUCUUUCCAGUCUCAAGGAAAAAAUGAGAGCCAAGGAGGAAAAAUUCCGUGAGGAAGAAAAUCAGAAUAAAUGGAUUCCCGCCGAAAUAUCAACGCCCACUGAACCGCCUCCGGAAUCCUCCAGAGAGUCACAGGAGAGACCGUUUAGUCCUUCAAGACCCUCUCUAAAUAUAUCCUGGGGGCAGGGAGUGAAGAAGCAGCUUGAUAUCCCUCUACCUGGAGGAAAAAAGACCACUCCUAUUGUUGGCAAGAUGCCCUGGUUAAAGAAAGAUACCGGUCGGGCCAGUAAAUUUGGACCGCCAAUUUCUGGACUUGCAGCUUCCGUUCCACCUCCAACUCUUGUGACGGCGGUUCCAACCUUGGGACAACCUGCCCCACCGCCUGUUCCCUCGGCCCCAAUGGUUCAGCCACCCUCUGUACAUCCCCCAGCAAGUGGAAAUGCAUCAAAUGAUUUUGGAUUCAACUCGAGUGUCCCACCACCGCCACUCCCCGUUGCACCGCUCAGACCUAAGGUCGACCGAAAUCCUAAACCUUCCGCUGUAGAUAUUCAAGAGAUGCUGGCAGCUGCACAGAAGCAUAUGCAGCAAAGCUUAAACACGAAACUGCAAUCGAUCGGAGUUCCUCCUAAUAUUGCUGGUGGUAUGACUGAUGGAGCUGAAGAAAUUCCUCUUCCUAUGGAUAUGCCAGUUGGUCCGCCUUCUAUGCCUGCUGCACCGCCCCCACACUACCAUCCCGCGCCUCAUCCGGAUUCUGGUUGGUACAAUCAAGCUCCGGAGGGGCAUAUGCAAAUGGAAUCUAUGGAAGAUGAUUGCCGUCCACCAGGAGACGAACCAGAUGCAGAUGAACUCGCCAUGCUUGGGAUAGACCCAACAGAUUCAAUCUUUUAAUAUAUUUUCCGUGCGAGACUUGAAUGUUAAUCUGCACUUAUUGGAUCAUUUAUGAAAAUUGUACAAGAAAAUUAUCCAUAAUUAGUUUGCUUGAUUUAAUCGCGAAACUUUCACGAACAAAGUUGUUCAAAUUUUACCAAUCCGUUAUCCAUCAUUCCGAGGGGAUCAUUUUUGACAUUUUCGUUUUGUUUUGUUUUCGAUUUCUUUUUUGAUUUGCACAAUAGCUUGGCCAUAGGCCCUAUUAUAGCAUUCUCAGCAGUUGGCUUCUGUUAGUUUGGAUAUAUAUUUGCACUGUUAAUGUUUUGAUUUUGCAGA